AUGUCCGAUCAAAAAACUCUUGGAUCAAUUUUCUCUCAUUCAUCAACUUCACACGCACUAAUAAUUCCUCCUUCAGAAAAUAAUGACAAUCCGCCAAUAAAACUUUACUAUCCAGACCUUAAAACACAAUUAACUUUUUUCCAAGAUCAACUCUACAGUCUGACAAACAUCCAACAACAACAGCCAAUUGCAAUCAUUCUUCCAAAUUCGUUGGAAUUCUCGAUCACUUUUCUGGGUGUCACGUUAUCACGUAAUAUUGCUGCGCCAUUGAACCCGAAUUACACUUUAGAUGAAUUUAAAUUUUAUGUGGAGGAUUCGCAGAGCAAAGCUGUGAUUGUGCCACGUGGCGCUUUUGAAAAAAAUACACCGGCAGUUAAGGCUGCAAAAGAGUUUGAUGUUGCGAUUUUGGAGAUUUGGUGGGAUUUGGCGGAUCAACAAAUUAAAUUGGAUUUGAAGAGAGAUGUAGAGAAAAAUGCAAACAAGUUCAAAGCGCCAAAAGGUGCUGAUGUUGCAUUACUUUUGCAUACUUCUGGGACUACUGGACGCCCCAAAGGUGUACCUCUUACACACAAUAAUUUGACAACUACCAUGAAUAAUAUCGUUAGGACUUAUAAACUCUUACCAGAAGAUCGUACAUUGUUGGUGAUGCCUUUGUUUCACGUGCAUGGAUUGAUGUGCGGAUUAUUGGCUACUCUAUUAUCUGGGGGCACUGUAGUUAUCCCUCCAAGAUUUUCAGCGACCACUUUCUGGAAAGAUUUUUUGGAAAAUAAAUGUACUUGGUAUACAGCUGUUCCAACCAUUCAUCAAAUCUUACUCCGUCAUCCACCACCACCAAACGGAGUACCAAAGAUACGGUUUAUUCGUUCUUGCUCUUCAUCACUUGCUCCAGUUACACUUCUUCAGCUUGAACAAGCAUUCAAAGCCCCGGUACUUGAAGCAUAUGCGAUGACAGAAGCAGCCCAUCAAGUCACAUCAAAUCCAUUACCACCUGCACCGCAUAAACCCGGAUCGGUCGGAAUUGGACAAGAUGUUCAAGUGGCAAUUCUAAAUGAGAAUGGCGAACCAACGCAUGAAGGCGAGGUUUGCAUCAAAGGUGAUAAUGUCACCCACGGCUACAUAAAUAAUCCCUCUGCCAAUAAAUCUUCAUACACAAAGGAUGGUUGGUUCCGAACAGGAGAUCAAGGCAAAUUCGAUGAAGAAGGAUAUUUAUUCUUGACCGGUCGUAUUAAAGAGCUGAUUAAUCGAGGCGGCGAAAAGAUCUCGCCGCUAGAAGUUGAUUCGGUGUUGUUAUCACAUCCUACAAUUAGUGAAGCAGUUUCUUUUGCCGUGCCUGAUGAGAUGUACGGGCAAGAAAUACACGCGACUGUUGUUCUAAAGAAAGAGCAACAAGGAGAUCGUAGCCCUCAAAUCACCGAAAACGAAAUCCAAAAAUUUUGUGGGAAAAGACUGGCCAAAUUUAAAGUGCCGAAACGCGUUUACUUUACUGAUCUAAUGCCGAAAACAGCAACCGGCAAAAUUCAACGGAAAAAUAUUUCCGAGAUUUUCUUUAAUUCCAAAAAGUCAAAACUUUAA